GUAGUAGUAAAUAAAUAUAACAGCUCAGGUGAAAGUAAAGCUGCUUUGCAAAAGUAUAAUACAUAUGUUGGAAGUGGCUUAAUAUGUCGAGUCCAUGAGAAAGUAUCACAGACAGACAUGUCAGAUGUAGAGCAUAAUGCUUUUGAACUUUGCUGUCCUCAGGCUGCCUUCUGGCAAUGUCUCUAUGAUGCAAAACAUG